UCAAGUAAUCAAGUAUAUACUAUAUGUAUGUGCUACUGUUACAUAUAUGGGGGUGGGGCCCCAUGGCUUCGGGGGCCCGGUGCGGCUGCACCUCCCGCCCCACCCCAGGGCCGGCGCUGAAGGAACGCUAAAGAAGCUCAGAGCGUCCUUGAUGAAAUGAAGCCUUAGGGCAUUCCAUUGGGCUUGCCAUUGAUCAAUGAUUUUAUCCAUUGUUGUGCCAUAGAAACCUCAAAGCCAAUCACUCUGCCCUUGUUCCUGAGGCUAUAGAUAUAUUGACAGAGAUGAGGUCCAUCGUGUCACCCCGACUGCUUCUAGCUUUAACAUUUUACUUUCAUGUUUAGGCCUAACAAGAAGAGUGGAAGAAUAUUUGAUGAGACAAGUAAAGACAGGGUGCUCCCUGGAUCGGGUGCUCUAUGGCAGACAGCUUAUAUGUAUUUUCCUCCCAGGCUCCCAGCUCCCCUCAUCCUCUCCUUGAUGGUCUUUAAAUUUGGUGUGAACAUCUCGAUGGCAAGCGUUUCAAAUUCAGUUGCUGUCGGUCUUCCUAGCUAUGGGCUAUAUGCAGGCGCAAAGUUUCUCUCUCAGGGCUAUAGGAACUUCCCGCGCAAAUCCUCUUACAAGUAUCUCAGAAUCCGCGCAGUUCAGGGAAAUGAUGGGCGCCGAAGGCUGGUCGACAUAAUUCGAAUCAUCCCAGAGCUCUCAAGGGACUAUUUUAGAAGCCGGUCAAGAAGAGCUCUUUUUGGUGGCAUCGCGCUGUUGGGUGGCUUUUAUGUUGCACAGACAAUCUCUCUCUCUUUCGGUGCAUUGGGUGUGAAUGAUGUUAUAGCGGCAGUUGUUUGUGUCCUGCUGGCUGAGUAUGUGACAAAGUUCUAUUACAGCAGGCCUAAAGUUACCUUCCCUAUUGCACUCCUCAACAAUUUCAAGAUGGGUUUCACAUAUGGCCUAUUUAUUGAUGCCUUCAAACUUGCUAGCUGAGCUGCAGCGUGUCCUGCUUGGCUGCUUCUCCGUACACUCUUGGUCACGGCAAACAUGACUUGUAUAUGGUACAUUCACUCUUUUAUGUGAAGAUUGAACGCAAUUGUGUUUAUAGUAUUGGGAUUGCUGUAAUAGAGGAUAUAUAACAUAACGUGAUUUUUAACGGUGCUUGAGAAGAAUCGGGUUCCGGACCUACAUGUUUGUUUUGGGUUCCGGUCUACAUGUCUAGUGAGACAACCGUAGGGUUCUGGAGCCACAAUUUUUGGUUCCGGGUUAUAAGAUUAUUGAUUCCGGUCCACCA